UUCCAUUUAUUUCCUUGUCCUUCUAAUUUCUCUUUCAUUUUGCUUUCUUCCUCUUUUAAAAAUACACUACUUUUUAUCAUCCAAAGUCAUUUCUUUCUCCCUCUCUUCAAAUUCAGCAGUUUUGAUCCAAAAGGUGGUUAAUUCCAAGUUCACCUUUCUAGUCUUUAAGGUUUAUGUCGAUCGGCUUUCUGAAGCAUGGAAUCUGCUCAAGAAGCUCUUCUUCCUGGAUUGCCGGAUGAUUUGGCUUUGAGAUGUCUAGCCAGGUUGUCACAUGGUUACCAUGGGGCGCUUGAAUCUGUCUCAAACAGGUGGAAAGAUUUGGUUCGCAGCCCCGAGUAUGCGAAUUAUAAAGCUAACCAAGGAUGGUGUGGGGAUUGGUUAUUUGUUGUGACCGAACGUUCCAACAAUCAAUGGAUUGCCUAUGAUCGUGAAGCCGAUAGAUGGCAUCCUUUGCCAAAGAUUCCAACUGACCAUGAUGGCUUACAGCAUUUUGGAUUUUCAUGUGUGUGUGUCCACAAUAGGCUCCUUGUGAUCGGUGGCUCCCAUGCUCCACGUGAUACUGCUUAUCCGCGUCAAACCCCUGUGAUAACAAAUGCUGUUAUACAGUUUGAUCCUUAUAAGAAACAGUGGACCAGAUUAUCGAGUAUGCAAACACCAAGAUCUCACUUUGCAUGCUGUGUUAUGUCAGGGAAAGUUUAUGUCGCUGGUGGGCGCAACUUAUCUUAUCCCCGAGGGCUUUCUCUUGCUGAAGUUUAUGAUCCGCUAAGUGAUCGGUGGGAGGAUAUGCCAGAAAUGCCGAACCCACAAAUGGACUGCCUAGGUAUAUCAUAUAAAGGCAAAUUUCAUGUUUUGAGUGACCAGGUAGGCUUGGCAGAGCAGAACCCAUCCGAAAUUUUCGAUCCAUCAAAUAAAACAUGGUGCACAGUCAAUGACAUAUGGCCUUUUUCGAGGGCAAUGCAAUUUGCAGUUCAAGUGAUGGGGGAUGAUCAAGUUUAUACCGUGGUGGAUUGGGGGGAGAGCUUAGUUAAAACUAGAGAUUCUUUAAGAGGAGAGUGGUACAAUGUUGGUGCUGUUCCUCCGGUUCAUCUUCCUGAUCACUCUCGAGAACUUGAGGCCUUUGGUUACGGUUUUGCUGCACUAAGACAUGAAUUAUAUGUUCUUGGAGGAAAGGUUCUCAAGUGGGAAGAUUCAGGGGCUGGGAGGUUUGAUGUGGUGAGGUUAGCUGGGGUGAGAGUUUGUGAUCCGUUACGGAGGCCAUUAAACUGGAGGGAAAUCCGGCCAAUGUGUAGUCCAGCUGGUGGUUCGAUCCUAGGCUGUGCCUCCAUGGAGGAAAAAUACACUCCUUGAUUCAGAAAGAAGAAAAAAUUAUUUUCUCAUGUACUCUCCAGAACCAAGCACCCUUAACCAUAGUGCAGCAAUACUGAAAUGCAAAUUCACAUGCAGCGGCAGCUCAUAUCUCUCGAUGGCAAACCUGGAGUCACAUGAGUCCCAGAGCGAAUUAGAACCCUCGGGUUUAUCUCGAGUAACCAAUUACCAUCACAGUACAUAGCACGGCAGAAGUUUGUCUAGAUCUGUUCAUGUUAUUAGUUGGAUAUGUUAUUUCAAGAGAAAUCAUGGAAGUUGACUACAAUUUACCUCUUUGUACCCUUUGUUCUUCAUAUAUGUAAUAAUCAUGUCUGUAAUUCUCAAAA